AUGAGCUCGUCGAACUCCGCACCCUCCGGCCCGAGCUUCGUGUUCAUCGACGACCAGAGCGGCGCGAUCCAGUACGCGGGGGACUGGGCGCCGAGCGACUACCCGAGCGCGGUGGCGAACAACGGGACGGUCACGCUCGGGCUCGCCGCGAACGCGUCCGCGACGUACGCUUUCACCGUCCCCGACGGCGAAGCGAUGAUAAUCGCCGUAUUCGGUGUCGUCCUCCCCGCCAACGCGUCGGGCACGCUCCCCAUCUCGUCGUACACCCUCGACAGCGCCUCGGCAGUGCAAUACACCCCGCCUCUCGGCGCAGCGCACGCCAAGCAGGUGGGGUUCUACGAGUCGCCGCCGCUCCCGCCCGGACCACACGAGCUCGUGAUCGAGGUGGAGAAGGUGCCCGAUCCGGAUGCGUACCCGUACAUGCUGGACGAGUUGGUCGUGAUGGAGGGGGCGAUCUCCGGCCCGCCGGGGGCGCACGGGGUGAGUGCGGGCGCGAUUGUGGGCGCUGUGAUCGGGAGCGUCGCGCUCUUGGUGAACGUCCUCGGUCUGCUGGGCAUGUUUUUCUACUUUAGGCGGAGGGCGCGCCGGCGCGACGGGGCGCGGAGGAGGGACGAGAUGGGCGAGCAUGACGAGGAGAAGCCAUUCGUCCCCACCCCGUAUACCAUCGGGGAGGACUCGCCCGAGCGCGAGCCCAUCCCGCCGAACAGCAGCGGAAAGCGCGCGAUCGAGAGCCCCGCGCCCGCGCCCCGGAGCCCCGAGGUGCGGAUGUGGGAGACACCUGUCGCUUCAGAUCCUGAAGUUAGAGACGGCGCGGCUACGCACAUUGUGCCCCACGACAUGGCCCGAUCAACUGGGGUCGUGCAGCCCAGUGGGGAUUGCGUUCUGGAAGUGGGACCCCGGGAGAGAGACGGGCGUGCUGCGGCACCUGUUGUGUCUGGCGGUGGGGAGCGUCGGCUGUCGAUGUCGGAGAGGAGGCAGGGCUCCUCGGCGCCGGCGGAGGCUCCCCCGGUGUAUUCGCCGCGAUGA